UUUCUCUCUUCUUCAUCGACAUAAUCAUCUCUCUUUUCUCUAUCAGCACAACAUGGUUCUAAUCUAUGUCAAAUCGGGUGAAUGGAUGUGUAGUCGCGGUGAUGACUGGAGUUUCGUGGUAGACAAAGAAAGGCGUGGUCGAAUGGUAACAUUAGCAACUACUACUACGUUGAAGCAGCUCAAGAUAAUGGUGUGUGAGGAUUAUGGGGUGGACCAUAAUGCCAUUAAUGCCGAGUUCAGUUAUUCGUUGUUGAAUCAAAAAGGGAAUCCUCCUAUUAUUAUCACCAAUAAUCGGCAAGCAUCUAAUUUUGUGGGCUAUGCAAAGAGGGAAUCGUCUACUACCUUGUGUGUGAUGUUCUCUGUUUCUGGUGUAAAUCAAAAGGAACGAGUCCAUAUCGAUUUGAAUAAGGAGCCUUGUGAUUCAAGUAAUGUUGAGGAUGAAGAAGUUCCUGAGAUAAAUCGAGCAGAGUUUGUCAAGCCGUCAAAGGAGUCUUUUGUUAAAAGAACGAAUCAUGUCGCUGCAGAUGGUUGCGGUCCUUUAAGGAGUGAAAACAUUGAACUUUGUCAAAACAAUGGAGACAGUGAUAAGGAUGGUCGAGCUUGGAGAGGAGACUUCGUGAAGAAGGAUCAAAUUUUCACAAGUAAAGGGGUUCUGAAGGCAACAAUGGAAAUUUUGGCGAUGAAGAAUAAUUUCGAUUACACUAUUAUCAAAUCCACGAGAAAAUGGUGGUAUAUUCGAUGUAAGGAUGCAUUGUGCAACUGGACUGGGCGUGCAGAAGGAAUAGAUGGGUCUACAUAUUUCAUGAUCAACCAAUAUGAUGGAAGACAUUCAUGUGCUCCUUCAAAGAAAAGGAAAUUCGGAAAAACAGCAUCAGCAAGAACAAUUGGGACUCUGAUACAACAUCGAUUUGAUGAUGCAAACGAUGGCCCAAAACCGAAUGACAUCAUUCAAUUUAUGAGAAUGGAGCAUAGUUGUGAGAUUACUUAUUGGCACGCUUGGGAAGCUCGUGAGUUUGCUAUUGCAGCUGCUAGAGGUAUACCAGAUCGCAGUUACUCUAAAAUACCAGCAUAUUUGCAUAUGAUUAAAGAAGCAAAUCCUGGUACGCAUACUCACUAUGAAACUAAUGAGAAGGGAAGAUUCAUGUAUCUAUUUAUGUCAUUUGGGCAAUCAGUUAGAGGAUUCUACAAUGCAAUGCGAAGGGUGAUUGUCGUUGACGGAACUUUUCUGAAAAAUAAAUACAAAGGGACACUUCUUGUUGCUACUGCUGUAGAUGGUAACUCUAAUUUGUAUCCGAUUGCAUUUGGGGUUGUUGAUUCAGAGAAUGACGAUUCAUGGGGGUGGUUCUUCAGACAGUUGAAAGUGGUUAUUGCUGAUUGUCAAGACCUAGCUUUUGUCUCAGAUAGAAAUGCGUCUAUUUCUAAAGCUAUUGGGACUGUCUACCCUCGAUCAGCACAUGGAAUUUGCAUUCAUCACUUAUUGACCAAUGUGGUCUCAUUUUUCAAGACAAAAGGAUUGACUGCGUUGGUGGAAAAGGCUUCACGGGCAUAUAGAUACACUGAAUUUCAAGAACGUAUCACCGAAAUUUUUGAUAUGAGUCCUGAGCUUGGAAGAUAUCUACGGGAGGCUGAUGUGCGCAAAUGGGCUCGUUCUCUCUUCCCUGGCUCCAGGUAUGACAUUAGGACCACGAACCCUGCAGAGUCUAUAAAUUCAGUUCUUAGAAUACCUAGAGAAUAUCCGGUUAUUCCUUUGCUUGAUAGUAUAAGAGAACUGUUGACUCGAUGGUUCUAUGAGCGUCGCUUGUUAAGCUCAAAGCAUCUAGAUCCUUUAACCGCUAAGGUGGAGAGAAAGAUUGAUAGGAGAAUUGUGAAGGCAAAAGGAUUCCAGGUUUACAAGGUUGACAACUUCAGAUCGGUUGUAAAAGGAGACAUAUAUGAUUGUCAUGUUGAUUUGGAAAGAAGAACAUGCACAUGUGGUAAGUAUGAUAUAGGAAAAAUUCCUUGCCGACACGCCAUUCCUGCAAUUUAUUCACGAGGUAUGGAAGUGCACAGAUUCACUGACGCCUUAUACAGCACUGCAGCGUGGAGAACCGCCUAUGCAGAUUCCAUUAAUCCAAUAGCAGUUGUAGAGUCAGAAUGGAAUGUCCCUGCUGAGGUUAAACUUGCAAAGGUUUUACCACCAAAGACAAGAAAGAGUGCUGGUCGACCAGUAAAGAGAAGGUAUGAAUCAGUAGAAGACAAGAUCGCAUCUUCUCAAGGAUCAAAGAAGAAUAAAAAGCAUAAGUGUAGCCGUUGUGGAACUGAAGGACACAAGAGAGGAACAUGCGAUUUACCCAUCUAGUUUGUUAUGUGUCUGCAUCUGUCUCUGUUUUUCUUUAUUGCUUUUGAAAUAAUUUGAUCUUCUGUUUAAGAACCUAUUUGACAAUUUGGUAUUGCUAUACUAUAGAGACAAAUCGAUUUAUUCUAGUAAUAACCAAAGUAAUUGCAAAAUAAUUCGUUUCAGUAGAUGAUGAUCACCUCGAAAUAACAAGAAACAUGGUCUUAACUUUGAAAAAAAGAAACAACAAGUUGAGGAAGCACAUAAAAGUAGUUGUGCGCGAAGUCGCUGCCUUUGUUGAACAUCAUGCAUAGAUAUGGUACAAGAAGACCAUCACCAAACAACACACAAACAAAGCUUUUAUGCCCCUAAGUUCCCUAAUGCAUUCCAAGGUCUUCUCUUCGCAAUGGCACAUUGCAUCUUCCAUCUCUUGAAUUCUACUCUCAUGGCGUGUCAUCAUGGCCUCACCAGCUCUCACUGAUUUCUGAAACUCGGAAUUGUCAACGAGUAACACGUCAAACAGGUCUUGGAAGUCUUCAAUCUCCUCAACAACUGACUUGUCAGUCCAUUUGAACAAGUGGGUUUUGUCCUUCAUCAGUAACAUCCAAUACACAAUUAGAUUGACUAAUUCUACUCUCAUCGGACAACAACGAGAUAGUUAUAUGAUAACAUGACUAACCUUUUGAGAUCCCAAAGGACAACAAUGAAAUAAUCUUCCCGGAUUUUGAAUUGUUUUUGAAGUGAAACGAUUCACUGCCUCACCGCAAUUGCAUCUUGUGGGAAUUCCCCGUUGUUUCGCGAGGCGAUCUCUUGUAGUGGAUGAAGAAUUUACUGAAGACAUGAGGGAGUCGAUCUCCAACUUUUCGCCGCUGCAAUCUCUCUGUCGAGGAAGAAUGAGGAAGAAAAGAGAUUAGGUCAAAAAAAUAACCAAAACUACGUCGUUUCAUACUCCCAUAACGCGUAUUCUAGCUAAGGCAGAGCAGAAAAAAGUCACUAAAUUUAUCGAUAACACCACAAGAACUUUGUCUUUGAACCCUCUAAAUUAGUGUUUAAACAUCUAUCAAACAUAGUAGACGGACGUACUUAGAUAGUGACCAAUGUACAAAAAUAAUCAAUAAAUAGGUGUGUGUUUGAGGCGUUGGAUUAAUUUGUACUUUGGUUUUAGUUAAGGGUUUGGUUAGAGUAUGUCUACGGUUAUGGUUUUAGAGUUUGUUUAGGGUUAAGGGUUUGACUAUGAAUUACAGAUUUAGGGUUUGUUUAGGGUAUGAUUAAGAAUCAUGAUUGUAUUAUGGUUUUAGGGUUUGGUUAGGGUAUGUCUAUGGUUAUGGUUUUAGUUAAGGGUUUGGUUAGGGUAUGUCUAUGGUUAUGGUUUUAGUUAAGGGUUUGUUUAGGGUUUGGGUCCUCAGUUUUUAUGAUUUUGUUCUUUAUAGGGUUGUUUCAUAAUUUAUACAAAAUCAAAGCUAGAGUUGUUUCUUAAUUCAAAUCAAAUACCAAAGCCAAAGUUGUUUUCUAAUUCUAACAAACCAAACUACUAAAAUCACAGUUAAUCAAUCAUCCUCCAGGUCAAAGACCUCAGACCUCUCCCAUGGUGAAGGCACAUAUCGUGUCAUAACCUCAGCAAAGAUGGGGUCGUGUGCAGCCUCCCAUAAGUCCACUCCAAUCUUUUGUCUACAACCCAUAAUGAUUUCAUCAUCCACUAAACUGACGUCAAGACCAAGCAGCGAGCAUUCCAAGUGCUUCAGAGCGUAUGCACCACAAUCACAACAACUUUUGUUCAAUCUCAACUUCAUAGGCACAUCCACGAUAGAAUAUGAUGAGAGGAGUAGCUGCUUCUGUCUUUCUUGUGGUGCAACGGACUUCACUAUCCUAGGAAUGAUAGCAGCAAACUUCUCAACGUACUGUCUGUUCUUUCCCCGACCGCAAUCAAAGACUUCCACUUUUCUUUCAAUGAUGUUGACACAGACACCAACCCAGUGAUUACCUGCGUUCGAGUCCACAAAAAUUUGUAAACGAAGAAAUGUAUACUAGGAUGUAAAAAGAACUGAAUGGUUACCAUUUACAAACAGAGGAAAGUAGAGUCGAUCAACAUCAACACCCCAAACUAGAUCAGUCCGCCCAUGAGAUGGAAGCUCUCCUCUGCCGUACCCAAGAAGGAAAUCAGGCAAUUGAUAGGCUUUUUUGUUUGGUAAAAACUUCUUGUAUGCAGCGUCUACUUGGAGGCAAAACAUAGCACUCAUGAAAGCAACACGCCGAGGGGCCCAACGAUUCAAUGUAGUGUUCACACGCCAUAUAAACAUAACCGCAUCCAUCUCCUAAAAAUUUACAAUGAAAGUUAAGUAAUAUAGCAUAUAAGAAGUGUUAGGAAGAUAAAUUCACUAAAGGUUAGUACAAGAUUCAUUACCUCGUUUCCAAGCCAUUUUCCAGCACUUACUACUCUUGUAGCUACAGACAAAUUAAAGCAUGUAGGACCAAUUGUUAAAGGUAUAGGCUUUAAUGCCCAUUCCGUGAAUCCUUUCCAUGACUCUUCGGAGAUAUAAUAAAGUGACGCCUGCGGAGAAGCAUCUUCUGGCAAUGGUGAAUCGCUAAGCUGAAGUCCAUGACCUUUUCUUUUGCACCAUUUCUCCCACUGUGACGGCGGUGGAGCUGUAUUCAUCUCUGUCUUUUCUUUCUUUACUGGAUUAUCCACUGAACCUCGGACCGAAGUCAUUGGAGUCCACCAGUCUUCUUCUUUUUUGUCCUGAGAUGGAUCAAAGCCUGGCACAUACGACGUCUGAGAAAGCCCUUCAACCCCUUGUGUACCUAUCCCGCGACCCAAAUCAUCUGCUUCACUAUAAUUCACAUCGAAUGUAGUCUCGGAACCAUCCUGUUAUAUCAUGACAAAUAAGCAAUAAUUGAGACACCAAAAUACAUUAUCAUUACAUAAUUAUUUUACAUAAAAGUUCCAGACCAUUACAUAAGUUCAAACAAGACACUUACAAACCAAGGACACUUACACACCAAGCACACAUACAAACCGAGACCUUAUAAAGUACAACAAAAUUCAGGCCGAUAACUUAGAUGCCAAUAAAACAAACAGACACGCAAACCACGAACUUAAACAAGACAAAAUAA